UCAACAUUAUCAAAGUCCAACUUUUUGUGAUAAACCGGAGUCUUUGUCUCCAAUCUAACCUGUGGUUACUGUUGCUGCUUCCUUGUUUAUUAGUGAUGGAGUUAGAGUUACGGGAGGAAGAAGCAGUCAACUUUGGUAAAUCUUUAAUAGUACCAAGUGUUCAGGAAUUAGCAAAACAACCCAUCAUCGACAUCCCACCUCGAUAUAUUCGUUCUCAUGAGGACCCUCCGAUUGCCACCCAUGACUCCUGUCUUCCAUCUGUACCUGUAAUUGAUCUUCAGAAAUUGGCUUCUGUGGAUUAUGAACUGGAGAGGCUGCACUUAGCUUGCAAAGAAUGGGGAUUCUUUCAGGUUAUAAACCAUGGAGUUAGUAUUUCAUUGCUGGAGAAAUUCAAGAUGGAAAUUGAAAAUUUCUUCAAACUUCCAUAUGAAGAAAAGAAGCAGAUGUGGCAGGAGCCAGACAACCAUGAAGGAUUUGGGCAGCUCUUUGUGGUUUCAGAGGAUCAAAAGCUAGACUGGUCAGAUAUGUUCUAUAUCACAACCCUUCCACUCAAUCUGAGGAACACUCAACUCUUUAACAAGCUUCCUCCAAAUCUCAGAGAGGUGUUAGAAACUUAUUCCAUGGAAGUGAAAAGGCUAGCUAUGGGAAUAUUAGAUCACAUGGCUAAAGCAUUAAACAUGGAUUGUGAAGAGAUGAGAGAUAUGUUGAAUGAUGGAGUUCAAUCAAUGAGAAUGAAUUAUUAUCCUCCAUGUCCUGAACCAGAGAAGGCCAUUGGUUUCACACCACAUUCUGAUGCUGACGCUCUUACUGUUCUCUAUCAGCUCAAUGACACUGAAGGCCUUCAAAUUCGCAAAGAUGGGAGAUGGAUUCCAGUUACACCGCUUCCAAAUGCUUUUGUAGUCAACAUCGGAGACAUCAUGGAGAUUGUGAGCAAUGGCAUCUAUAAGAGCAUUGAGCACCGAGCAACAGUAAACUCAAUGAAAGAGAGGCUGUCUGUAGCAACAUUCUAUAGUUCCAAGCUAGACACUGAGUUGGGCCCGGCAUCAAGCCUGAUUCGCCCAAAUAGUCCAGCGAUUUUCCGGCGAGUCCCGUUGGAGAAGUAUUUCAAGGAAUUUUUUGCUCGGAAAUUAAAUGGCAAGGCGUACCUUGAUUUUAUGAGAAUCAAUGGAUAAAGAAACUGUGGAAGCCAGAAAGAUUUGGAGUCAAACUGUCAUUCUCAAUGGAUUCGUUUACGGCCGUGGAGACUUGCAGAGUGUAUUAACUGUUGUGACUUGACUUUUACAUGAAAAUCAAUCCUCUUAAUAUGGAAAAAGAGAUAUUCUCGUAUUUCACAUUAAUAUUUGGCAGUGGCGUAGUUCCACUGCAAAAGUUGGAUUUUCCAAUAAAGCACAGCAAAAACCUUGCAAUUAU